AUGGUGCCGUUGAUAUCGGAGUAUGGACCAGAACUGAACUUAAACGCUGUGUGCGUGACGAGUUUGUUCAGAGGCUUUUAUCUAGGUUGUCCUGUUCUUGAAAGCCUUGCUGUGAAACAAUGUCGAGAUGACAAUGUGAACAUUUUCACCAUAAAAGUCCCUUCUCUCAAGAGUUUAGUCUUAGAUAAAUCAGGUUUUGAAGAUACAGCUACUGCACCUGGGUUUAUGAUAGACGCUCCUUCUUUAGAGAGGUUUUACAUUGAAGAUGAUUCUAAGGGUGGGUUUUGUGUUAUUGAGAAUGAGAUGCCUAAUAUUGUAGAGGCAGAUGUUGAUGUCGCUUAUUAUCCUGGAAAUAUUUUGAGUUCUAUUACUUCUGUCAAGCGUCUCUCUUUAUCUAGUAUAACAUCCGCAAAGGAUGCAUAUCCUGUUGGUACAAUCUUCUGCCCUCUUGUAUAUUUAGAGAUAUGUACAUUUAAAACAGAGUGGUUGAAUGUACUUAUGCGUGUUCUCAAAGAUUCCCCUAAUUUACGAGCUCUCAAACUUGACACGCUCUAUCACUAUGAAGAUGAUGAUGAUGAUAAUCGCCCGAGCUGGAGUGAACCAUGCUCAGUCCCCUAA